ACUACAACAACACAGAAAACUGUCAUGGCGGCCGCCACAAGGCUCAUAUCAAGGUUGACUCUGGUCACUGGUGGGGGCAGUGGGAUUGGACAGGCGGUGUGCCAGCGCUUCGCCUCUGAAGGCGCCUCCGUUGUGGUCGCUGACAUCAGUGAAGAGUCGGCCAAUGAGACGCUGAAGAGCCUGACGAGUGACUGCAGGGGGCAGGUCCACAUGUCGGCUGAGGUGGACGUGUCGUCAAAAGAGAGCAUAAAGAAGCUGAUAACAAAUAUACAGACUCUUUACUACCAGCCUCCCUCUGUGUGUGUGAACGCAGCAGGCAUCACUCAGGACGACUUUCUGCUCAACAUGGAGGAGGAACACUUUGACAGAGUCAUCCAGGUCAACCUGAAGGGUUCAUUCUUGGUCACUCAGGCGGUCGCUCAGGCUCUGGUGGCUUGUGGAGCACCCAAAGGAUCCAUCGUGACUUUAGGCAGCAUCGUUGGGAAGGUGGGAAACCUGGGACAGUCAAACUACAGCGCCUCCAAAGCUGGAGUUCAGGGUUUGACCAGGACCGCUGCCAAAGAGCUCAGCAGGUUUGGGAUUCGGUGUAACUGUGUGUUACCAGGUUUCAUAUCGACUCCAAUGACGGAUAAAGUGCCAGAGAAGGUCAUCACUAAGAUGAAGUCCUUGGUGCCACUGGGAAGGAUGGGAGAACCUGCAGAGGUCGCUGAUGUCUGUGCCUUUCUAGCUUCAGAUGAUUCUCGUUACAUCACGGGAGCCAGCAUCGAGGUGACAGGUGGACUUUUUAUUGGUUGAAUCAGCUGUUCGUCUCAUGGAUGACGGCCGGUGGGACGAUAGUUUCUUCUUAAUUCAUUUGAUUGUCAGUUUGUAAAUCUUGUUGUGAGCUUGACACUUUUUAAUGUCUAUAAAGAGCAGAAUGUUGAAUAUAAACUUGAUGAAACUUUAA